AUGUCUAUUUGCAUGGUACCAAGUGACGCAGAUCGUGAAGAAGCCGCGGAAUGGAUUUUGUUCGGUUUAGAACAGCUGGUAAAUUUGUCCAAUGAAAUAUUCGAACGCUUAGCGAAUAGGAUAAAAAAUUUUAGUGAGCAUGCCGAUCGAGUACAUUUGGAUCUUAAACGAGUUGCCAAAAAAGUCGAGCAAAUCAGAGAGAUGAACACAGCAGUGGUAAUUAGUGCUCCUGGCAAGUUUAUAAAAACAGAAAGUGGAUGCCUCCAGAGUGUUUUGGGCAGAGGAUUGCGUACAAAUGUGGAUGUUUUAAGGAAGAUUAAUACGAAGCAUAGAUAUGAUUUAAAUGAGUCAAAAGAUAUUGCAGUAGUUUUAGAUGAAAAGCAAAAAUUUUAUCGGUUCACAGAACGAGGAAUGAAGCUGAACAGACGAACUAGAGAGGUUCCUGAUAAUUUGCAGUCAGCUGCCGAUUUGUUGCUGUUCAACACUACUCUGAAUAUUUAUACUGACAGUCGAUUCAUGGAUCCUUUUGAUAAUAUGAAAAUUGAAUUGCAUACGGAAUCGGAAUCCAAGAUACAACAACCUGCGCCGAUGGCUGAUGAUUCAAUCUUGUCUGUCAGCGUGAAACAAAAAAUGGAUCCGUUGCAGUACCAACCAGAAUUUGGUUCACUUCAGAAUUUCAGUCUUCCCGAAUUGUUAUUUACUUCAGCAAGCGCAUAUUUGCAAGUUGAUUCAAUUCCGGGCUUUUCUGCUAAUUCGCUGGUUGUUCGGGAGUCCUCAGAAAGAGAUAUAUCCAACAUUGCCGAAUCAGUUAUGGAAAAAGAUAUUAGUACGGAAAAAAUGUCGACGGAAUCGAAUAUAACUAUGGGAGAAGGUACUGGUAGACGGUCGUUAACAAUAAGAGAGAGUACAGCAGUCGGCUCGCAGUUUUUGACUUCGGAAACAAACGAAACAUAUGAAACAUCUUCUGAGGCGGCGAAUAUAGAUUUGGCAACUCCCAAAAAUAAAGUGUCAGAAGCUGGGAAUUUUGCGGCGUCGAAUAACGAAAAAGUACCAUCUUCACUUCCGCCAACAGCACCUCCUCCUCCUCCUCCUCCUCCUCCUCCUCCCCUACUACCAUCAGCACCACCAAUUCAGCUUAUAACACAAACUACAAUGGACAGUCAGUCGAAACCGAUAAUUGCACUUAAUGACGGUAGAGCUAAUUUAAUGGAAGCUAUAAGAAGAGUUGGAGGGGCCAAAGGUGCAAAAUUGCGAUCAAUAAGAAAACAGGGAGAAAUACUUGCUGAAGAUGCAUCAGUUUUGCCCAAACGUAAUGUGCUUGCUCCUCCAUUAAGUGACGAUUUGAUGUCUUCACUGGCAAAAGCUUUGGAGCAGAGGCGUAAGGGAAUAUUUGGAAAGAAAUCGGAACAUCGAGAACCAGUAAAAUCUUUGGAAUUAAGUGAAGGAGCAUUCGCACAUACGAGUGCUCGAAUACCGCCACCACCGCCCAAAGAAGAUAAUGAUGGUAUUGAUGAAAUCGACGAUUAUGAAUGGGAAUAA